AACCUGUCCAUUCCCAAGAACUACUUUCGGCAAAUCAGUCCUCCAUUGUCGUGAGUUCGAUACGUUCCGCAGAUCGCAGAUUGGAAAUAAUGCAACGGUGAAGACACCCUCGAACCCACCCCCAGUUUAACGCCGAGACAGUGUCAGUGUAUUAGUUAUUUCUUGUUAACGAACCCGGAUUAAUCUGCAAGAUGCCUUGUUCUGCGGUCACGCUCAGUUUGGCCACCAUCACUUCCAUCAUCGCUGUGGCUUUGCUCUCUAUCGCGUUCGCCACCGAUAAUUGGCUGUAUAUUGAAGUUAAAAGGACCAACAUACAAAACUACCUCAGCAAACACUCAGACGUCCAAAGCCAGGCGCUUCUGGACAGCGUCAACUCCAAAUAUUACUAUUUCACCAGGACGAAAGGAUUGUUCAGGAUAUGCUACCCGAAAGAACGACCUCCGACUGUAAAAACAUAUUUGAGCCCUGUGGAAACCCACUGUAACAACGUCAACUACUACAUUCCCGAUGAAAACAACGAGACGAGAGAUUUUACCGACGACGCGUGGACGAGAUUGCAUAUGGGACGUUCGAUGAUCGCUCUUUUCAUCAUCUCAUUCCUCGCCGUUUUUGCUGCUUUCUGCACUGGAGUGACCGGAUGCUGGAGACGAUCGCCAGGAAACAUUACCGCCACCGCGAUCCUAAUGCUGCUCGCAUGCCUGCUCAGUGCCGGAGCAAUGGGACUUUGGCAUGGAGUCGAGUACUACGAAAAGGAAAAGGUCGUCGGAGAGGAGUUCUACCAACAAUGGAGCAAUAUCCUGCAAGAGAACAGUGACAUAAUGUACGAUUGGAGCUUCGUGCUGAGCUGGUUGGGAGUGUUUUCCUGCCUGGGGGCCUCGCUGCUCUUCUUCUUUGGCUCCUGUUGCCUGUUCAACGAGCGGGAACGCGAACAGUUGAACAACGUCCAGUACAUAAUGCCAGUGUAUCCCCAAAAACAGCAGUACGCUUACGCAAGUUAUCCGGUGGCAGCUCCCCAACCUUAUCCAGGAGGACCAUAUUACACAUCAGGGAGCGCUUAUGGACCCUACAACUACUAAUACUUAAAAUCCGAUAAACAGACUGUCUUCCAUUUGAAUGUGGUGAUAAAAAUUUGCGAGUGGUCGAGAAAAUUUGCUCAGGGCAAGUUUAACCCGUUUUGAGUAGAUAGUUUUUAUGUUUUUUUUAAUAAUUUAGUUUAGUUUGGGUUGUAAAACUGUUGCGAUGAUUAAGGACAAUUUUUAUACAAUGUACAAAACAACGUUGAUAUUAUGACUGAGCCCAAACGAAUGUUUUUUUGUUUUGUUGGUACAAAACUGCAUUAUCACAUUUUUGUACAGUAUACUUUUAAAUUUAUUAUUAUUUUAAGUUACUUCAGACUAUUUAAAUUGUAAUAUAUAGAUAGUAGACAAAUUUAUUUUCUAUUUAUUUGUGUAACUGAUCAGUUUUUUAUAUAUAAAAUAGAUUAUUUAUAGACAUUUUUAUACUUAUAAAUAGAUACGACGAAAUAUUUCAUACACUUUCUAUAAUAAAAUGUUAAAAUUCA